CGUGCAGGUGAUCGCACCUGAGCUGCUCGUCCGCGGCCCCGCAGGCCACCGAUCGAUGUCGCUCGUCAACUUCAGUCUGCCCUUUGGGGGCGCAGCCCCGGCCUUUGCCGAGCCUUUCUUCAACCUGCAGCAGCCCCCGCCGCCGCCUCCGGUGGCGCGACCCACCCCUGCUGAGAUCAACGCCCUCUAUGCACCCCAGCAACAGCAACGGCCCCCGCGCCGCUCCCAACAGGGGCCCUACCUGCCCCCGAAACGCAGUCGACAGCCGCCUCCGCCACCCCCACCAAAGCAGGACCGCAGCAGCGCCCCCGGCCGUCGCGCCAACAAGCCGCCCCCACCGCCCUCGCCGCCGCAGUUCACCCCCGUCAAAGGCAACACCAACAGCAACGGGGGUGGCAAACCGACGCACACCAUCCACGCGGUCAUCGACUACGACGACUAUGAUGAGGUGCUGACCUCUGACCUGCCGCAGCACGAGAACGGGGUCACCCCUAUCCAAGGGCCGAUUUUGCUCAAGAACGACUCGGUGCCCGUCGUGCCCCUCUACUCGUACCCUCUCCUCAGGAACGGCUCCUUUGUCCAGAUACCGAUAAUGUGGACAGCCCUUUCCUUAGCGCUUGGCCUAGAGAUUCGCGGCGAGAUAAUCCGAGGAGUGCCCUGCAUCAAAAGAUACCACCAGCUUUUCUGUCCCACGGCAGGCAACAGCUAUCCAAUUGAUCGCAUCGAGAGAUUCAUAGACGAAAACAAAGCGUUGAUGAAACGAAUGUACGGCGAGUUUCUAACAACGCCAGAGUAUGGACCGCCGUCGCAACAAGGAGGUCCAGGACAAGAAAUCUUCAAACCAAAAGGCCGCACCGUGAAACGAGAGGCGGCUGGUAAACCUGGCGGGGGCCUUCCACCCCCUUCGCCGGGCGACUCUUACUUCGCCGCGCAGGCGCGGCAGUCACGACAGUCCCAGCAGGGUACUUCUUCAUCCGCCUCAGGGCCCAAUGGCCCAGGACCAUUUAGGACUAACCAGUCCAGCGAAAGUGGAAGGUUGGAUUCCUGCGAGUCCAAAGUGGAAAUUGUGACCCCCUACUGGGCCUCAAAUAGUGCUGGAAAAAUUAGAGCCAUAGUCAACACACAGCAUUUUGAGCAAGCCAUCCACCAAGAAGUUUGCUCAAAAGUGCAGACAAAACGCUGUCUCGGCGAUUGUGGCUGCGAGCAGAAGUACAAGUGGCACCGUCUGCUGGCCUACGACCCUGACAACGACUGCAAGGGCAUCUUCAUGGACUGGUUCCUCUUCCCCUCUUGCUGCGUCUGCAGGUGUGCGCCCCUGGACGGCAAAUAAUUCAUAAAUUAAAUGAGGACUGUGGACUGUUCCGGGCCGAGAGUAGAGACGAAUUUGUGCAAACAGAGAGAAGCAAGAUAGAGUCUAACUUGUGUCAGAAUUUAAAGGAGGAAUCGCAGCUGUGAAAAGUCUGUUUUAUGACUCUGAAAUAAGUGAAAAUCUGUGUGCCUGAGUGCGGUUGAUGAUUGAUGGUCGAGCACCAUUAAUUGAUCCCGUGCAAAUUGUAAAUAUUUAUUUUAGACCUCAUUUAAGGUGUUACUUUAAAAAACGCACAUUAAUUUACAAAAUACAUACUAGUUGCGCUUCAGAUAGAACUUGAGACAAUUUGUGUGAUGCUUGAAAAAAAAGUAUAAUAAUGUGAGAUUUUUAUAGCCUUAUUUUGUCGUUUUGUAGUAUUUUAGAAGAUCAUAUACAGAACAGAGCAAUAUGUGGUGUAGUACUUUUUGUACAAAGAGCAACAAAAUGAAGAUGAGAUUUUUGAAAUGAUGAAUUCUAA